GUUUUCUUUUCUUACAGUCAGCAGCUGAUUUUGACAUAAAUAAAAUGGAUGUAAAUUAAGAGUUAAGGAAAAAAGUAAUUAAAGCUCCAUCUCAUGUAGAUAUUGAUUUAAAAAGACAUAUUCCUUUAUUCUCAAGAGGUAAGAAGUAACAUGGUGCUUAGCCCCAGUGCAGAAGAUUACAGUGCUGCUGACUCUUUCUGUCCACAAUAUCCAUCUCCUGCACAUAGUCAUGCACUGACAAAUCCCUUCUCAGACCACAGUUUAGCAUCUUUACCUCUUUUGGGGUAGGUUUCCAAAGAGUCUGAUCUUUCAGCAAGCUGAAAACCAAAACAGAUGAUCUUGGUCCUUCUGUUCAAAUCUUAAGCAGCAUGAUCUCUCUUGAAAGAAAAAAGACCAUCUCCAGUAUUUCUCUGCAUGGCUGUUACCAUUUCUGCACAGCUUUUUGGUGAAGAUAGGGCCAAUGAAUUAAUGUGAACACUGAGACCCUACUCUUCUGAUGAGCCUCAGUACUGUCUCAGGGCCUGGUAAGGAUAGCAGGCCAUCUUCACAGCAUCAUUGAAGAUUCUGAGCAGCAAAGGGUAAGACUGACAGCAGCAGGCAGAAUAUGGGCUGAAGCUUCUCCUCCCAUCUCACCUUUCUGGAUAGCAUUUGUUUUUCUGCUGGAGAGACUUGGGGCAGGGCUUGCUUACCCAAGAUAAAUUUCACUGUAUUUAUGUAUUACACAAGGUCUGUGGGGGAGAAAUAACCAAAAGGAGCAUAAACAUUCCCCCUUCUGCAGCUUGUGCUACAAGAUGCUGAAACACCAUUAGAACACUUCUGGAAAAAACGUAUCAAGAGAUGCAUUGAUGUUGUUGUAAGAAUAACUCUCAAUGCAGUUGCUUCUAGCUACAUAAGUACUAGUAUAACUCAGGAUUUGUAAAUAUAGACACACUUCCAUACACUCAUGCUCAAAUAUGAUUCAGGCUCAGCAUUUUGUCUCAGUGAAACCAGCUGUAGGUAGACUGGUAAGCUUAUCAUAACCCAAAAGCAUUUCAGGAGACAAUUCAAACUUACUUAUAAUGACAUUUCUAGAAUGCACAUAGGUUUCUAUGCAAUGUGCAGUAUGCAUAAAGAAAAUCUAGUGAUACAGAGAACAAUGAAAUCAACUUAAGUGGGACAUGAAUUGGACCUAAGGUGCCUUCCAUUUGCUAUUACUACCUCUGGUCAGUAUUUCAAGUUAAGAUCCCUGGUAAUUUGAGAAGCAGGUGUGUUACAAUAUUCUCAAAACAUUGAGGCUUUGCAGAGCUAUGACUCAUUGGACCACAGCUGUCCGAGGACUUUCUGAACAUCAGCAUAAGAUAUUCUAUUUCUCUUGGAGAGUGGUCAAUUCAGAGUUUUAAAUUCCCAAGGGCAAAUCUUAAAGGUUUUUUACUUUACAUUUUAAAUCACCAUAAUUGCAAUAAUUCCUGUUUAAGAUAUUUUUUUAGUUGGGAGACUUCAGUGUUUAUUUCUCAAAGCCUUUCUAAACAAAUAUUCAUAAAUGGUAGAAAGUCAACUUUUUCUCCCUAGUAAAGGACGGGAAGGCAACCAUUCCAAUUCCUUGCCUCUAUUUUUUUUUUGUAGGUAUGUCAGACAAGGAGUCACCAUUAAGGCUAAUUUUCCUGAGACGUAGAGGGUGAGAGCAGAAGGAAUUUGAGACACUUCAAAUUACUAGUCCCAGCAAGGUAGAAAAUGUAGACCUUGGAACAGGAAGAUUCUGGACUAGAGGAGGCUCUGUAGAUCAAACUCAGUAUACCAUCAAACACCUAGAAAUCAAGAGGAAGUGUAUUUCAAGAAUCUUUCAAAACAGAAACAAAAGGAAGUAAUGGAGAAGAAUGGCAACAACCACAAACUUCGUGUUUGUGUGGCUACUUGCAACCGUGCUGAUUAUUCAAAAUUAGCUCCCAUUAUGUUUGGUAUAAAGGCAGAACCUCAGUUCUUUGAACUUGAUGUUGUAGUGCUUGGUUCCCACCUGAUUGAUGAUUAUGGUAAUACCUAUCGUAUGAUUGAACAAGAUGACUUUGAUAUUCAUACAAGACUGCACACCAUUGUGAGAGGGGAAGAUGAGGCAGCUAUGGUGGAGUCAGUUGGCCUUGCAUUAGUCAAGUUACCGGAUGUCCUGAACCGCCUGAAACCGGAUAUAAUGAUAGUUCACGGGGACAGAUUUGAUGCUUUGGCUCUGGCCACAUCUGCAGCCCUGAUGAAUAUUCGCAUUCUUCACAUUGAAGGUGGGGAAGUCAGUGGGACCAUUGAUGACUCUAUCAGACAUGCUAUAACUAAACUGGCCCAUUACCAUGUGUGUUGCACAAGGAGCGCAGAGCAGCAUUUGAUAGCCAUGUGUGAAGACCAUGACCGCAUCCUUUUAGCAGGCUGUCCUUCGUAUGACAAGCUUCUCUCUGCCAGAAAUAAGGACUACAUGAGUAUUAUACGCAUGUGGCUAGGUGAAGAUGUCAAAACCAGAGAUUAUAUAGUUGCUCUGCAACACCCUGUAACCACAGAUAUUAAACAUUCCAUAAAGAUGUUUGAGCUUACACUAGAUGCACUCAUCUCCUUUAAAAAGAGAACACUUGUUCUAUUCCCUAAUGUGGAUGCAGGAAGCAAAGAGAUGGUUCGGGUGAUGAGGAAGAAGGGCAUUGAACACCAUCCUAAUUUUCGGGCUGUAAAGCAUGUCCCGUUUGACCAGUUCAUUCAGUUAGUUGCUCAUGCUGGUUGUAUGAUUGGCAACAGCAGUUGUGGUGUCAGAGAGGUGGGAGCAUUCGGUACGCCAGUUAUUAACUUGGGGACACGUCAGACAGGAAGAGAAACAGGUGAAAAUGUUCUUCAUGUUCGUGAUGCUGAUACCCAGGAUAAGAUUCUGCAUGCUCUACACCUGCAGUUUGGUAAACAGUAUCCAUGCUCAAAAAUAUAUGGAGAUGGUAAUGCAGUUCCAAGAAUUUUGAAGUUCCUUAAGUCUAUUGAUCUUAAAGAGCCAUUGCAAAAGAAAUUCUGUUUUCCUCCUGUCAAAGAUAGUAUUUCACAAGAUAUUGACCAUAUUCUAGAGACACAGAGUGCUCUGGCUGUGGACCUGGGUGGAACAAAUCUCCGAGUAGCAAUCGUCAGUAUGAAGGGUGAAAUAGUUAAGAAGUAUACCCAGCUCAACCCUAAAACUUAUGAAGACAGACUAGAAUUAAUUCUAAAGAUGUGUGUAGAGGCUGCAUCAGAGGCAGUAAACGUGAACUGCAGAAUUUUGGGAGUAGGUAUUUCUACAGGUGGACGGGUAAACCCCCGAGAAGGAAUUGUGCUUCACUCUACAAAACUCAUUCAGGAGUGGAGUUCUGUGGAUCUCAGAACUCCAAUAUCUGAUGUUCUGCACCUGCCAGUCUGGGUGGACAAUGAUGGAAAUUGUGCUGCUCUAGCAGAGAGGAAAUUUGGUCAUGGAAAAGGAAUAGAAAACUUUGUAACGCUCAUUACUGGUACAGGAAUUGGAGGCGGAAUCAUUCAUCAGCAUGAAUUGAUCCAUGGCAGUUCUUUCUGUGCUGCUGAGCUUGGGCAUAUCGUUGUAUCUCUAGAUGGACCAGAGUGCCUGUGUGGUAGCCAAGGAUGUAUAGAAGCAUAUGCCUCUGGAAUAGCUUUACAGAGAGAAGCUAAGAAACUGCAUGACGAGGAUCUGCUUUUAGUAGAAGGAAUGUCAAUGAAGAAGGAGGAGGUUGUUAGUGCUGCACAUCUCAUUCAAGCAGCUAAACUUGGGAACACAAAAGCAGACAGCAUUCUCAGAACAGCUGGGACAGCAUUAGGCCUUGGAGUUGUGAACAUUCUGCACACCAUGAACCCCUCUCUUGUGAUCCUUUCUGGAGUUCUAGCUAGCCACUAUGUUAAUGCUGUCAAAGAUGUGAUAAAUCAACAGGCUCUGUCCUCUGUUAAAACUGUGGAUGUGGUGGUCUCAAAUCUAGCAGAUCCUGCUCUUCUUGGAGCUGCCAGUCUGGUACUGGAUUAUACUACACGUAGAAUAUACUAGGUACCUAGAAGAAUUAUAGAAAUGGACUAUGCAAAUUCUCAAUGGGUGGAGGGAAUACUUUGCCCCAAAUUUGUCUUUGACAGUAGUUGCUGAAUCAAGUAGUGAUCUGAAUAAUUAGUGGUGAC